CCAACCCGUUUAGUACUAGCGGACCUGCCUUGCGGUCAAGGCUCCGCGCCGAAUGCCCGCGCCUCGGUAAAAUUUAAAAAAAAUAAUUAAAAAGCGCGCGCUCGCGGCUGUCAAACGUCAAAUGAAAUUAAAUUAAAACUUUUUUAUCUUUAUUUCUAACCAGCAUUAAAUCCUAUUUAGUACGAAUAACUGUUUACUUCUUAAUGCCGGUGGAUAAUGAGUUCGUGAUUGUGCUACGACUUGGAAUCCGUUAAGCAGAACAACCGAAAUGCAACACACCUAAACCAUCAACAAUAAUGGGACCACCAAUCAACACGUGGCCGUACAGCCACCCAAAAUUCAACACAAGUGAAGAGAAAAAGUGUCUGAUACAUACUCUAAUUGAUAGUGUACGAAGUGUAAGCAUCAACUGUACUGUAGUGGUAGUGUUAGUGCAAUUAUUAUAUAGUUUGACGUAUGUCACGGCUGGGCCAGUUAUAUUAAGCUUGGAUUAUUUGCAAGCUCCAGUUCCCCUAGCUAGAAAUAUAAGGCAUUUACCCUGCGUCUCAAGAAGAACAGGAGAAGAGGGGCUUUGCAUGUUUGCCAUAGACUGUCUCAAAUCCAAUGGAUCUCAUCUGGGGACAUGCAUUGACAGAUUUUAUUUUGGGUCCUGUUGUCAAAUUCCUGAUAAAAAUAUCCUGCCAAGUAUCAUUAAUAAUAUAGAAGAUAAUACUAUAGAUAGCUCAAAUUUUGUCCAUCCGCAAGAAGACAAAAUUAUUAAUCAUUUAUAUAAAAAACCAACAAGUACUACAAAUAAGCCUAGCAGUUUACAUGUCCCAACGGAAACAACGGAAAGCGCCCAAGAUAGAACAGCUUCAUAUGAGGACCAUAAUUUGGAUAAAAUUACGACCAUAGAUAAUACGAUAGGAGAUAAAACUACAACCAGUUCAACAGAGUCAAUGAAAACAAGUCAGAAAAUAAUACCAACUGAAGUUCCAAUAAAAAUAUCUACAUUCCAAAGUGUAUCAAGUGACACAAACUAUUUAACUUCACCAAAACCAGUUAAAGUAGAUACAACAGAGGCUAUUACAACAGAAAAACCAAAGCCUCCGAGAAAGCCAUCGAGGCCUACUUAUAAGCCCAGACCUACAUAUAGACCUACUAACUUUACAAGACCAUCAUACACAGGUACUGGCAAACCUCGGCCCACAAAGCCAAUAUCAACAGUAAUUCCAACAAGAAAACCGCCUUUUAGGGUUCCAUCUAAAAGACCUCCAACAAAAAAGCCAAUACAAAUUCCACCAAGAUUAAAUAUAACAAUAUUACCACAAUCUACAAGCUCAAGACCAGCAUUUUCACGUCCAUCAGGUCCAUCAAUCAUUUAUAUUAAUCAUACGCUGUCAAAGCUUGAAGAAAACACUUUACCAACAGUAUUUAACAAUACUUCAUCAACUACUCCCAGUACAACAGCAACAGAACCAAGUACAACUACUUCUGCACCUUCAACUACUGUAAGUAGUUCAACUAGUCCAAGCACAACAACUGUAACCACAACAACAACGACCACACCAGUACCUACAACGACUACACCAGCACGUACAACGACCACACCAGCACCUACAACGACCACACCAGCACCUACAACGACCACACCAGCAACUACUACGACAACACCAGCACCUACAACGACAGAGAAACAACGAACGGAAGCAAUUACGGAAACACUAGCAAUAGAAACAGAAUCAAUUCUUCAAACUGAAACCCUCUCUACUACUGAACCAUCUAAAGUAGAACUAACAACAGAAAUAUCAAAAGAAACGGAAAUAGAAACAACUAUAGGAAUUACAGAACCAAUAACAAUCGCAGAAACAACAGAUUUUAAAGAUAUAACAACGCAAGCAUUGACAGAAAGAGAGACAAUUAGAACGACAGAGGUUGAAAUUACAACAACCGACUUCCCACCAUUCGUUACCUGGUCGUCAAACGUGAACACAGCAACAAAGACGCCAGAAAAACCAACCACCGAAGCUGAAGAUAAUUGGUCACCAAUAACUCCACCAGAAGGAUGGGUGCUGCUAACUACAUCAAAACCAGAAACAACAUCAACAACUACGACAACGACAUCCACAGAAACAACAACAGCAGAGCAAUUACCAACGGUUAUAACAACUGAGUCGACUCGUGCACCAUCAAUUUCAAGUGUCGAAACCACACAAUCUACGACAACUACAACAACCACUACUUCAACAUCAACAUCAGCCCAACAGAUUCCGGAGUUCAUAGUAAAUGUUACGUUAUCACCAACAGUUCCAACUACAACGGAAAGUUUAAAGGAUAAUGUAACGUCUAGUGAAAACUCAACUAACGCAGUGGACGUCAAUGAGGUAACGACAGCAACAAUAGAAAUGGCCUACAACAUGUCAAAUUUCAAAGAUGUGUGCGGACGUCGUAUGUGGCCUCAGGCUCGCAUAGUUGGUGGAGCCAAGUCCAGCUUCGGUGAAUGGCCCUGGCAGAUAUCACUCAGGCAGUAUAGGACCUCUACGUACUUACACAAGUGUGGUGCGGCUUUGUUGAAUGAAAAUUGGGCAAUUACAGCAGCGCAUUGUGUGGAACACGUGCCGCCAUCUGAGCUUUUAGUGCGUCUUGGAGAACAUGACUUGGCGACUGAAGACGAACCCUACGGCUUCGCGGAAAGGCGGGUGCAGAUCAUAGCUAGCCAUCCACACUUUGACCCGGCUACCUUUGAAUAUGACCUCGCAUUGUUAAGAUUUUACGAGCCAGUAACAUUCCAACCAAAUAUUCUACCAAUUUGUGUACCGGACAAUGAUGAUGACUACGUUGGAAAGACUGCGUACGUCACUGGCUGGGGUCGCUUGUAUGACGAGGGACCACUGCCAAGCGUGCUUCAAGAGGUACAAGUGCCGAUAAUCAACAACACUGCGUGCGAAUCAAUGUACCAAUCGGCUGGAUACAACGAACACAUUCCCAACAUAUUUAUUUGCGCGGGAUGGAAGAAUGGAGGCUCUGAUAGUUGUGAAGGUGACAGUGGAGGACCAAUGGUUAUCCAAAGGGACAGGGAUAACCGUUACGUUCUUGGUGGGAUCAUUUCGUGGGGUAUUGGCUGUGCGGAGCCAAACCAACCCGGAGUUUACACGCGGAUAUCAGAGUUCCGGGACUGGAUCAACCAAAUAUUGCAGUUUUAGAUCACCUAAAGAUACUUUUUAGUAGUGCAAAAUGACUUCCUGAGUCUGUGCGGAAGGAGAAUCGUCGUGGGAUUUGAGGUCGCGGCAGUACUUUCGAUAUGUUGACAAAGUUACGUCAUUAUAGUUUCAAAAAUUUAAACAUAAUCUGAAAAAAAAUUAAGUAUAUAAAUAUUUGGGAAUAAAUUAAAUAACGAGCAGUAAAUAUGACAUUUGUUCGUAUAACCACGCCGUUUAUCUUUUUGCGCAGACUAUAAAUGAUGUAACGUGAAAUUCGAAAAUACAUCGCGUACGAUGAAAUAAAUUGGUUCUUGAUUAAUAUUAGAGCCCAGUGAAACUUAAUAUAGGAUAUCACUUGAAGUAUGUCUAGCUUUGUUAUUGCAAAAUGUGCAGAGUUAGCUUGACGCUUAGUUCUGGAAAGACACAUAUCGCACAUCGUGGAUUCAUUUUCAACGCAAAAAUAUACAUACAAUUUAUUAUAACUUAUUUUAAGUGCGUCGCCGUAUAGAUUGAUCCAAUCACCAAUACAUCAAAAGUUGAAGUUAUCUAUUAUCUUUAAUUUUAACUUAUUCUGAAUUUAAAAUUAUGGAUACUUCUUAUUUAAAUGUCUAUGGUUCGUAAAUUCAAGACGCUAAAUAUUCCUAACGAUGUACAUAAUAUAAUUCUUUUAUGGAUACAGUAUACAAAAAAAUAGCUUAAAUAUUUUAGAUAAAAGAAUUUAGUAUUAUUUCCCAGUGUUAUUAGUUAUUUGCACACAAUAUAACAUCAUUUGCAAAAAUAUUGCUCAAUUGUCUAUGGUGCAUGUGUAAACGAAUUUAUAAUAAUGUAAUUAGUAAGUAAACGUCAAAAUAUUUUUAUAAUAUUUGAAUUAAUAGAUAUUAUUUAUUUUUAAUGUAAGUAAAUUUGUGUGUACACAAACAGUAGACAAUAAUAGAAUUAGGUUUAAUAAUAAAUAAAUUCGGCCAAUUUCUAAUUAAGGCUCAUCUAAGUUCAAUAUUGUUAUAAUAUUUUACUUUUGUAAAUAAUCAUUAAUAAAUUGCAUUUAUUAUUUCUAUUUAUGACUAGCCAUAAAUGAAUUUUAUUUUUACA